AUGGUGAGUCUCGCUCUCCGUUCUGUCUCAACCUCCGCUUCUUCAUCAGCCUUUUCAUCUGUGCUAAAGCCAAAAAUGAACCCCAAGUCAAUUACUCUUUCUCAUCCCUCAAAUUUCGGUGGCUUGAAACUCACGUUUCCUUCCAUGCGGUCUUUCCCUUGUUACUCGCUGCCCAAGAUCCGCCAAACAAUUUGCAACUCUUCAACCAAACCUUCGUUGAAGACUCGUCUGAGCCGUGGAGAGAAGCUCAAAGGGAUGUUCCUUUUCACGGCCUCGCCCACUAUGGCCGAAAUAGCGGCGUUGGCUGGAUAUGACUUCAUUAUUGUGGAUCUAGAGCAUGGACCUGCUGAUUUUUCAGCUGCUCUAGGCUGCAUUAGGGCAGCGGAAACUUCGGGAUGCACAACUGUGAUCAGAGUGCCUGAAAUCUCUCCUACGUACGCAAAGAAAGCUCUUGACUUGGGUCCUGAGGGGAUAAUGUUUCCCAAAGUGGAAACCACAAAAGAUGCGGUCCAAGCCGUCUCUUACUGCCAUUACCCUCCUUAUGGUGUCCGGGGAUGCGCUUAUUCACUGGUCAGAGACUCUGAUUUCGGAUUUGACAACACCUACCUGAGAAACUACCGGGAAGAUAGGCUCGUAAUGUGCCAGGUGGAGACCGCGAAAGGUGUGAGAAACAUUCAAGAUAUCAUGGGUGUUGAUGGAGUGGAUUGCAUCACCACUGGGCCAAGGGACCUGAGCGCCUCCCUCGGGCUCCUCCAUGACCCGGGGAACCCGAAGGUGAAAGAGGUUAUGUCACGGUUGGAGACGGCUGUUCUUGAGUCGGAUCCGGAGGAAGGUGGAGCAUUUCUUGCGGGAUUGGCCACCCCUCAAGAUAGAGCUGUUGAUCUCAAGAAAAGAGGAUACCAUAUGGUGAUCUCCGGUUCGGACAUUGCCCUCUUUAGCAAGGCAGCCAUCCAGGACAUCAAGACCUUCGAUGGCUUUGUUAUGAUUAAUGCUAACUAA